AUGACCGAAAAUCCCUUUCGAAUUAUUGAAUUAGAUGAACAAAAUUUUCUUCACGAUUGUUUAGCACUGAAAACUUUAUGUGCUAUACCGAAUCGAGAUUCUGAACAUGAUGAAUUUAUUCAAUUUUGUCAAGAAAAUGAUUUCUUACAAUACAUAUCUGAAUUUGAAUUUCCACAUCGUCCAGAUGUGGCCAUCCAAUUGUAUACUCGAUCAUCUGGUUUUUCAUCAAAAAUUAUAAAUAGUACGUGUCGAACACAAGAUCUUUUAUUAAUAUCGAAAAUUCGAUAUUAUCUUAAACAUCUUCAUGAAGAAUUAACACGACUUUAUAUAGACAGUCUGUUUUGGAUACCAAAAUUUAUUACUGUCUAUCGUGGUCAAAGAUUUUCAAUGGAAGAAUUUCAAAAAUUAGUUCAGUGUCAUGAAAAAACUAUUUUAACAACCCAAUAUCUUUCAACAACGAGCGUUUAUGAUAUAGCUGUUGCAUUUGCCGGUUAUGAUAUUCAUUCGAAUGAAUCAUCACAGGAUGAAGUAGCAGUUAUUUUUAAAAUUUCAAUACGAACAAAAAAUAGUCAUUUAAAACCAUUUGCAUAUAUUCAAGAAUAUAGUCAUAUUACAGAUGAAAAGGAAAUGUUAAUAUCAAUGGGAACAGUAUUUUCGAUUGUCGAUAUAUGCCAACGAGGAGUAAUUCGACGAACUCUGUCCAAUCCUGAUCAAAAACAUUCUGCUCAAAUUCUGAAUCAUCAAUACCUUAAAGCUACACAUGAUCAAGCUGAAAAAGAAAUUGAACAGAAAAUAUUAAAUAAAGCAAUCGAAACAUUCAGUAACGGAACAACAAUUACCAUAGGUGAUUUUUUAAUUUCGGCAAAUAUUCAUAGUCCAUUAGAUGAUGAUUUUUAUCGUCAGCCAUUGACAUCAUUAUUAGAAGAAUAUUCACAAUGCCAAUCAGGAAACAUUAUCAAUUCAGCUUCAACAGAAUCUUCAAUAAUGUCUAUACCAAUUUGUUCUUUGGGUGUAACUCAUGAUCAUUUAAUUAUAUGGCUCGAUCAAUUUAUUGGUGAAAAUAAUGUCUAUGUUGAUCUGAAACAGACAUUAGCCGAUGCAGUAGACCUCAACAUUGAUGCACCUUUUAUGGGAGAUGAAAUUGAUACAUUAAUUUUUAAUGAUAAAAUUUAUCAUCCGAAAAAAGUAUUGAUUGCCGUUAAAACUAUUGAAGAAUGUUUAGACUUAAUUCACACAAAUCAGAAUAAACGAAUAUUUCUAAUUACUUCCGGUUCAUUAGGUGAACAAGUUGUACCUGGUCUAUUAUAUACUUAUCCGUGUUUGGAAAAAAUUUUUAUUUUUUGUGGUUCCAUUCUUAAACAUAUGAAUUGGGCACUUGAUUUUGAAGAUAAUUUGCUUAUGUUCGAUUUUCCCAAUGAUGUAUUGGGACGUGUAGUAUAUGAUAUUGUAUCAUCUCCACUUUCUUUACCUAUUCAAACAAAACUAUCACAUUCAAUUAUUCGAAAACAAUAUUUUGCUAAAUUAUAUCAUCAUUAUCGAUUACUACUUGUUCUUAAUAAUUAUGAAUGUAAAUGUGGUUGUCAUUUUUCAAUGCAACAAGGUAGUUUUGUUAUCUUAUAUGAAACAAGAAAUGAAUUAUCAAUGUGGAAUAAAAAUAAACUUGUAACAGUUAUAUCAAAUGACUUAGUAUGUUCAAAAGUUCCAUCUGAAUAUGUUUGUGAUGUAGAAUUGUUACGUGAACGUGUUCGUUCGAGACAUUUUUAUAAUGAUGAUGAUGAUGAACAAAGUUUUGAUUUGUAA